AUGGACCUGUACCUUAUACUCGGAGGUAAAAAGAGCGGUUAUGACCCGAGUAGCAUAGAUGAGCCACUGACAGAGACAGAUGCACUCACGUCACGUCUCAGAAGCCCGAACGGCAGAAGUCCCGGAGGGGAUUUGGGAGCCAAAAAGAAAAAGAAGAAACAAAAGAGGAAAAAGGAGAAACCAAACUCCGGAGGCACCAAGUCAGAUUCGGCGUCUGAUUCUCAGGAGAUUAAAAUCCAGCAGCCUUCAAAAAGCCCCGCCAUUCCAAUGCAGAAGUUGCAGGAUAUUCAGAGAGCAAUGGAGCUGCUGUCGGCGUGUCAGGGCCCAGCCAGGAGCAUCGACGAGGCUGCGAAACACAGAUACCAGUUUUGGGACACGCAGCCAGUUCCCAAACUAAAUGAAGUCGUGACGUCUCACGGUGCGAUUGAACCAGAUAAGGACAAUAUACGGCAGGAACCCUAUUCUCUGCCGCAGGGGUUCAUGUGGGACACGCUAGAUUUGAGUAAUGCGGAAGUGCUCAAGGAGUUAUACACACUGUUAAAUGAGAAUUACGUGGAGGAUGACGACAACAUGUUCCGGUUCGACUAUUCGCCCGAGUUCUUGCUGUGGGCUCUGCGUCCUCCAGGCUGGCUCCCUCAGUGGCACUGUGGGGUCAGAGUGUCUUCAAAUAAGAAACUAGUAGGGUUCAUAAGCGCCAUCCCUGCAAGCAUUCGGAUUUACGACAGUGUGAAGAAGAUGGUAGAAAUCAACUUUCUUUGUGUUCACAAGAAAUUGAGAUCAAAACGGGUAGCCCCUGUGUUAAUUCGAGAAAUAACCAGAAGAGUGAACCUGGAAGGGAUUUUCCAAGCCGUUUAUACCGCUGGGGUGGUACUUCCCAAGCCUGUGGCCACAUGCAGGUACUGGCAUCGAUCACUAAACCCCCGAAAAUUGGUAGAAGUAAAAUUUUCCCACUUGAGUCGGAAUAUGACUUUACAGAGAACAAUGAAACUGUACAGACUUCCAGAUGUUACAAAGACUUCUGGAUUGAGACCAAUGGACUCAAAAGACAUCAAAGCAGUUGGAGAAUUAAUCAACAGUUACCUGGAGCAGUUUCACCUUGCCCCAGUGAUGGAUGAAGCGGAUGUCGCCCACUGGUUCCUCCCACAGGAGCACAUUAUUGACACGUUUGUAGUGGAGAGCUCAAGUGGUAAAUUAACUGACUUCCUGAGCUUCUAUACACUCCCUUCAACAGUCAUGCAUCACCCUAUUCACAAAAGCCUCAAAGCGGCUUACUCCUUCUACAACGUGCACACGGAGACGCCCCUCUUAGACCUCAUGAACGACGCGCUCAUCAUAGCCAAGUUGAAAGGAUUUGAUGUAUUCAAUGCACUAGAUUUAAUGGAAAAUAAGACAUUCUUGGAAAAACUCAAGUUUGGUAUAGGAGAUGGCAAUUUGCAGUAUUACUUAUACAAUUGGAGGUGUCCAGGAACAGAUUCGGAAAAGGUUGGACUUGUGUUACAGUAGAUGGAUAUUUUUAUUCCUAGAACUCAGACAUCAUCGUUAGUAUUGUAUUUAAUGAUUCCUGGGAUUGCUGUUCCAUAGAAGCACAACUUAAGUGAAACCGAAGCAGUUGAUACAAUCAGAAGAGGGGGGAGGAUCCUUACGUGAUCAACAGCACAGUUUUAGCUGCAAUGUGAACCUUGACCCUUUCUGCAAUUUACUCACGUGGGAGGCAAGAAGGAAUACAAAGAGCACAUUACUCCAAUUUUCACUUUUCUCCGUCUCUUGACGAGAAGGCAUUUUCCCACUCGCUAGCAAUGGGACUGUUUCCUUGUGGACUGCAAAGAAAGUGAUGGAAUCCUUGGAGAAACCCUCCACUGUGUGAAGAUCAACAGCUGCAUUUGUAUUUAUUAAGUUGUGUCAUGACCAUCAUUGGAGCAGAAUAAAGGACCCGUUGCGAAGUCUUUUUUACUUAUCUCA